CACUGAACAACCUGAUCUGGGCAAAAUAUUAAAUAUUCCGGCAACUCAAUGACAGUUUGAAGUGGUGAACUCGGCAUGGGCAAAAAGAGGAAGCGCCCAGCCAAAUCCGCUACGGCGCUGGCUACCAAUGCAGCCAACCACACAAAACGCCUCAAAUCGGACGAAGCAAACUCAAGAUUGACUCAGGAACACCUAGUUCUGUCGCGAUAUUACCGCAGAGUCGUGACAUUGCGGCAGUAUCUACUCGAAGAACUACCAUCUACUUCCAAGGCGCGUCGCCGGCGGAUCGCGUCGCUCGGGAAGUCUGGCCAUGGUUCUGACGCAACAGCCAACACCAGCCUUCAUUUGAAUGCAAGCAAUGACAAAAACGGUGAUAUUACGCAUUUGGUUCGUCUUUUAGACACCACUCUUGUCGGCGAACUGAAAAGAUCUAUUCCUACCGUGGUCGAAGCGCGUCAAAGAGACUUUGCUGCAUUCACGCAGUCUGAAGAGCGUUCCCUUCUUUGGACCGAUACCGGGCCAUGUAGUCCCCAGUCUGAGAUUGUCGAUUUCGUCAUAGCUACCCUGUUCAACAGGGCAAUGCGAUCAGAGCGAAAACCACAGCAUGUUUUGGCCAAUGGAUUUCAUCUCGCUACACGAAAGCAGAUCCUAGACAAAAAUGUAUAUGCCAUGGAGUUCAAUAUUCCUGGCCUAGUAUCGCAGUUCCCCAAUCAUCACGUAGCGGCUCUAAAGAAGGCUCCAUGGACUGACCUUUUGGGGUUGCUCGGCGUUAGUGGGGACGAUAUUAUGAUCAGAUUGUUGCUUGAUUGCGCGAUAUUUUCUUGCGUGGACGAGAACAAGUCAGCAUUCUACCAAAUCAGUGGUAUGUGAAUCGUUCUGAGUUAUCAUAUUCAGUCAAACUUAUUCAUUACCAGGUGUCUAUCUUUCGGAACUGGAGCCUUUAGAUGAAAAUCCAUCACCAGAAUCU